AUGGUUGAGCAGCAGUACCGAGUGGCUGUGGAUCGAAAGACGCAUUAUGAGCAGGAACAGAUUAAUUCUCAGUUGUACCUUCUUCGUGGCACCGAUGAAAGCAGCAGCGCCUUUCAUGUAAACACUGCGAGAUACAGAUGCUCGUGUGUGUUCAUGAAAACGACGUUGCUGCCAUGCCGCCAUGUCAUGUACUGGCGCCUCAUGAAUGACAAGUCUGCUGUACCGAUCCACUAUAUCGAGCCCCGUUGGAAAUUGUCGUCCAAGUUAAACCAGGCACCAUUUGAAGAAGACGUUCCAGACGAAACCUUUGCCUGCACGACGUUCCAGAUGCGCGAGUCAGCAAUGACUGGCAGGCGUCACGAAGUCCUCAAUGGUUCAACCAAAUACAAGCACGCACUUGAGCGCGGACGAAGUAGUGCUGAUAUAAUGAGCAGGAACGAAACCUUUGUCUUUGGUGAGAUGAUGAAUGCGCUGGAGAAGUUUGAGGAGAUUGUUAAAGAUGGUGUUGCGCAUUUUGUCGGACGUGAAGGCCACUGGGUCGACCCGUUAUCGUAG